CCCUUAAGGCUACCUUCUAUCAUCACAUGUUUUCGCAACCUUGAGCAGAGAGAGUCUAGAAAGAAAAAAGGAAGAGUGACCCUUUGUUUCUCUCAGCUGCUGCACAAGGUUUCGAAUCAAAUCAUAAGCUGUUCUUAAUUACAAUGGCUCGUUCUUCCUCAAACACAAAGGUCAUCUCUGGCUUGAUCAGCAAGGCGAUCAACGGCAGAGGAUUCUCAGCUGUUGCAUCACAAGGAGCUGCUGUGUCCAAGGCAAGAAGCGGUGCUGAUGCCACGGUGAAGAAAACGGGGGAGGAGGUUGGCAAGUCUACCGAGAAGACUCCCUGGGUUCCAGAUCCUCGUACUGGAUUCUACAGACCAGGGAAUGUUGCGGAGGAAAUCGAUGAGGCUGGAUUACGUGCUUCCCUCUUGAAGAAACAUUGAGAGAUCACUAUCUAAUCUUAUUAAUAAAAUUUGAUUACUAUAUCAUGUUCUACGGUACAAAACGAAGGAUCGAUGGACGCGUGUGUGUUGUGGGGGGGGGGGGGUGGUUCUGAUGCAUUGGCAGCUUGGGCUAUCGGUGUGUGUGCAAAAAAAAAAAAAAAACAGAUCUUGGCUCGAUUCGAUUACUGUUAUGGCAUACAUCUCUGUCCUCUCUCUGUUUAAGGGACAGAAUUCGCAGAUAUCUUACAGAUGUAGUAUCUCUUCCUAUAAAUUCAUUAUGCAAUUACAGGUUAUUUAUCA